GACGUGCACUGAGACCCACCAGGACACCCACCCUGACACCCUGCUGAGCCUCAGAACCCACAGCCAUGAAGGUGACGCUGUGCCUCAGUCUCAUCCUCGCCCUCGCAGCGACUGCCUGCCUGUGCCGGCCAGCAGCAGAGGCACCGGGUACCUUGGGGGACCCCCACCAGCACCCCCCCAGCCUGGUCCGGCGGGACUGGCCCGAGAACCUGUCCCAGGAGCAGCAGCACCUCUUGUCCCAGUUCCUGCCCCAUGUCCUCGCAGAGCUGAACAAGCACAAGGCCUUUGUGCACGGGGAUGAGGGGAUGGAGGCUUUGCACGACCACUACUACCCCGACUGGAUGGACUUCGGCCGCCGCAGCGCUGAGGACGAGGCUGGUGCUGUGUAGCUGCUGGGCUGGCCAUGCAGAGCCCUGACACAUUCAGUGUGUCCUUUCCCACAAUAAAACUCUGGCACUAUG